AUGUCCGCCGCAACUGUGGAUGCACCAAAGGUGAAUAGUCUAAGUUCCGACAGUGGUUCAGACCAUUUACAUACGUCCAUAAAGGGUAAGAAGACUGCAAGAAGCCGCCACACAGUAAAUCUGCCAACAACCUACCCUUCCGAGUCUCUCCAGUUCCUCAAGAGAGUGGGCACCGAAGAAUCAGCUUCCGACGAGAUCAUUAAUGCUCAGACACUGCCUCAGCAAGCCCCGGUCAAGUUAGAUGUCGUGAUUGUCGGUGCAGGGCUGUGUGGACUGUCCCUUGCCGUUGCUCUCAGCAGACGAGGGCAUUCAGUGCAGCUAUUGGAGCAGGCUUCCCAACUCGGAGAGGUUGGCGCAGGGAUUCAGAUUCCUCCAAACUCUGGACGACUCCUCCAGCGCUGGAAUGUACUUCAGCACCUGCAAAAGAACGCAGUCCAACCUGAGGGUAUAUAUUUCCGUCGGUGGGAGACCGGCAAAACGAUUGGAUAUACAGCUCUGGGCCAGAUUUUUCAAGACGAUUUCGAAGUGCCAUAUUAUGUGGUUCAUCGCGCGCAUUUCCACGAGGCACUGUACCAACGGGCGUUGGAGCUCGGUGUGUCAGUGAAACUCGGGUGCAGAGUCAAGGAGUACGAAGAGAAAAAAGGCUCAGUGGUGCUAGAGAGUGGGCAAAGGAUCUGUGGAGAUCUGAUCAUAGCUGCGGACGGAAUCAACUCAACGGCACGGGCAACACUGUUUCCUGAUACUAAUAACGAGCCAGAUUUUAAUGGCUUCGCAGCCUAUAGAGCUACAGUCCCUAUCGAAAGAAUUAAAGAAGAUCCAGAUGUCGCUUGUAUACUGGAAAAGCCAGCUUUGAACAUCUGGAUUGGCGAAGACCGACAUGUCAUGACCUAUGCGAUCGCGGGCGGAGAGUCAUUUAACAUGGUCUUGUCUCACAUCGACCGUUCAAAUCCAGCGACUUGGGCGAAAAGAUUUGUCAAGGAAGAUGUUCAGAACGAAUUCAAAGGAUGGGAUUCGAGGCUCACAAAGAUCAUCUCUCUUAUCGACGAAUGCCUCAAGUGGCCUCUAAAAGUUGGACGCCUACUCCAAACGUGGACUUCGCCUUCUUCUAGGCUGAUCAUCAUAGGCGAUGCUGCCCAUGCUAUGUUGCCUUACAUGUCGCAAGGGGCGGCGAUGGCCGUGGAGGACGGCGCCGCGCUCGCCGUCGUUCUUAACAAGAUCACGUCGCUCGAACAACUUCCGUUCGCCCUGCAAUCGUUUGAAAAGGAACGGAUGAAGCGGUGUGGAGACAUGCAGAACGCUAGCACAGUGAAUGGGUACAUUUGGCACUUCCCUGAUGGCCCGGAGCAGGCGGCAAGAGAUUCCGCAAUGUCUGCCGAGGUCGCGGGUCUUCCAUUUACCAGUAGCGCUAAUCAAUGGAGUGAUCCUGUCACCCGAUGGUGGGCUUAUGGAUACGACGCCGAGAGCGCCAUGGAAGAAGCAUGGAACAAAUCUGUUCAUGAAUUGAUUGCACGUGCAGCCAAAUUAUGA